GGCUUCCAACGAAAGGGGGCGGAGCUACGUAAGCAGCGAUAAUGACACGUCAUUUUCCAGGGAACAACUCGCGUCUUUUGUGGAAGUCGGACGUGGACACAUCGCCGACUUGAUGUAGUUGACUCGCGGGCGUCUCAGCAACGAGAGGUCGGAGGCUCCCAGAGCCGAGCCGCAAGAUGAGAUUCACAGCCCUUCUUUCCGCUCUACGGUCGGUGGGCCCGGUAAUCAUCGGCAUUUCCCUGGGAUUCACCUUGAGUCUGCUGAGCGUCAACUGGACCGAGGAAGCCUGCUUCUUCGGGGACGGGGACGGGGACGACGCCGCCGCCGCUUCGCCUCUGGAGGAGCGGCUUAAAGGAGCCAGGAAGACCAACUCCAUAGCAGUCCUCGACGACGCGGAGCCGGGUUUCGAACCGAGAAUAGUGCCGUAUAAUAAACAAGUCGCGCAAAGUGCUCCGAAGAAAGUUUUAAGGGCCAAAUACAUUAGUACAGAAUUGAUGACACGCGAGCGUCUGUUCGUUGGAGUCCUGACGUCGAAAGACACCAUUAACACCCUGGCCGUAGCUGUCAAUCGCACCAUCGGCCACCACCUGGAACCUGUGGUCUACUUCUGCGGAACGCACAAUCGAAAAGUCCCCCACGGCAUGUUCGUAGUCACGCAUGGAGACGAAAGACCAAUCUGGAACAUGUUUCAGACGAUGAAAUACAUUUUUGAACAUUAUGUCAACGCGUUUGACUGGUUUUACUUGAUCCAAGACGACGCCUACAUCCAGGCCGACCGAAUCAAGAAUCUAGUGGAUCACCUGAGUAUUGAUCGAGGACUGUACAUGGGCUGUCCGGAGGAGUUCAUAGGUGGGGAGAUGGAAGGGAGGUACUGCCAAGGAGGUUUCGGGUACCUGCUGUCUCGUGCCCUGCUCCUUCGACUGCAACCCUUCCUGGGAAACUGCAGAGAUGACAUCCUGAGCACCAGCCCUGACGAGUGGCUGGGGAGAUGCAUCAUCGACUACACGGCGACAAAAUGUGUCAGCAAGUACGAGGAGCUCCACUACCACCACUAUACACUGGACCAAAACUCUGAUCCAAUCAAAGAGCAGAACGAGGAGUUUAAAAAAGCUCUGACUGUCCAUCCAGUGUCUGACCCUGAACAGAUGUACCAGCUGCACAGAUACUUCACUGAGAUUGAACUGCAGAAGACUUACGACGAGAUCGCUAAGCUGCAGGCAGAAAUAAAGAACGUCAGCGCGGUCGCUUUCGAGGGCAACCGAAGUGUCCAGUGGCCAAUCGGGGUCAACCCCCCCUUCGAGCCGAAAUCCCGAUUUGAAGUUUUGAAGUGGGAAUACUUCACAGAAAAUGAGAUUUAUUCAUGCUUGGAUGAAUCUCCAAAGUGUGAGCUGCAUGGCAUUGACCGCAUGGACGUGGCGGACGUGAUCGAAGUCGCUGUCGGAGAGCUGAACAAGAAGUACCAACCGCUCUUGCAGCUGAAGAAACAGCAUUUGAUUAACGGCUACCGGCGCUUUGACCCCACCAGGGGCAUGGAGUACACCUUAGAUCUGCAGCUCGAGGCGGUCAACCAAAAAGGUCACAGUCGUUCCAUCUCCAAGCGUGUUCAUUUGGUGCGACCCUUGAGCACGGUGGAGAUACUUCCAAUGCCUUACGUCACAGAAGCGACGCGGGUUCACGUGGUCGUACCGAUCACCGCGUUGGAUCGGGACUCCGUCGAUCCUUUCAUGAAGGUCUUUGUCUCCAAUUUCUUCGAAAUAAACGAAAACGCCGUCCUCACCUUCUUGUUCAUUUACGACCCAGUGGAGGCGCAGCAAGUUAACCAGAAAGACAUAUUCUCCAGCAUCAAGACUAAAAUCAACCACCUGGAGGCCAAAUACUCUACGGUGAAAAUCCCUUGGAUCAGCGUCAAGACCGAAACGCCGUCUCAGAUCAAAUUCAUGGACAUCAUCUCAAAGAAGCACCCGGUCGACACGCUGUUCCUGCUAUCGAACGUUAACAUGAACGUUAAUACAGAGUUCAUGAACCGUUGCCGCAUGAAUUCAAUCAACAACUGGCAAGUGUUCUUCCCCAUCCAUUUCCAGAAUUACAAUCCCGACGUGGCCUAUCAUAACCAACCGCCUCCGACCAAAGUCGACCUGAUCAAGGACUCUGGGCAUUUCGAUCGCUUGUCAUUCGACGAAGCGUGUUUUUACAAUUCCGACUACAUGGCGACGCGCACAAAAAUGGCCGCGGAUGUCCAAGAGAACGAGGAGAUCCUGGAGACCCUGGACAUGUACGACAUGUUCGUGAAGUACUCCGGUCUGCACGUGUUCAGGGCCGUGGAGCCGGCUUUACACCAGGAGUACCGCUACAAAGCCUGCAACCCGAGGCUGAGCGAGGACAUCUACCACAGGUGUGUCCAGAGCAACUUGGAAGGCCUGGGUUCUCGCGCCCAGCUCACCAUGCUGCAGUUUGAGCAAGAACAAGGAAACCGCUCUUGAAAAUGACAAACCAGUGAAACAUCUGUUCUUGCUUGUGCGCAAAUAAUAGCUGUGGUUUUCUCGAAAUGACUUCACAAAUAACAACACACUUGAAUGUCAAAUAAUUCGGGGCUUUGGAACAGUCUGACCUGACCUGGCACUCUCAAAGUUUGGCGUGUUGGUAGGACUUAGCUAAGAAUGAAUGCAGUACAUUUCUCAUUUCUAACUUUUAAAACGUGUUUACAGCCCUUAGAGACGAGUCGUUUCAACCCAGUGGUUCUGUGACGCUCCACUCUCUGAAAGUUGCAAUAGGUGAUGUUUGACCACUACGCUGCUGCUCCAGUUUUUCAUGACCAGGUGCUGACACGCCACGGCUUUUACUCUGCACCUGUCUGUUCUGAUAUUACCUGGGAUCUCUAUCUAGGUUUUGCACUAAGGGGGUAGAUUGCAAUUUUUUUUUUCUUUCUUGAACGGUGGACAAAGCAUGCUUUUUAGUGAGUUACCAUGCCGGUCAGUCCAAGUCAACCAAAUUCCAAAGUGGUUUUGCACUGUUACACUAGGGUUUUUUUUUUUUAGGUUGGAACCUGCUUUUUGAAGUUUAGAUGUUCUUUGUCCGCCUGCUCUGGUUCUCUCCAAAAAACAUGACCGUGAGAGCUUUGCUAUUUACAAAUGUGAAGGUAUUCACAAAGAAAAUCGCUGUCGUCGUGCCUUGAAACUAACCUUCCUACGAGGGUUCUUUUGAAGUCGUAUUUGUGCGUUCUUAGUGUAGUUUUUACGAUUUUUCCAAAGUGGGACGCUCUCUUUAGAUCUUCAGACAGUGGAGAAUGUCGCUGGCAUACAGCAAGUGUGUAAAGCAAGAAUUUCCCGUUUUUUUUUUUUUUUGGGGGGUGGACUGAGGCUUGUGUAGGCGGAGAUGUGUACAAGAGACAUGUUAAAUUCUUCUCAGAUCUGGUAAUGUUCCUAAAAAUGUACUAAGAAUAGUGUAGGAAAACUAAAUCGUUGUGAAUUUUUACAGAGCAGCUCGUGUUGUCUGAAACACUAUUUUAGGUUACAUGUGGAGUAUUUUGUUAGAAUAGUAGCAAUAGUCGAAGGUAUACGAGAACAUUUUUCAUUAGGGUUACUAAAAAUAGUGCAAUAUUACUGCUAAGGCUACUGGAGUACUACCAGCUGGAGUACAUGAUUGCUUACUUCACAAUGCUUAAGGUACCUAAUGUACUUGUUUUGUUGGUCACUUUUUGGAUAUAAACGAGGAAUCAAACGGGGAUUAGGAAUAAUCCCUGUGAUGUUCCUGCGGUACGCUUCUGCAAGUUUGUCCGACGGGAAUCAAAGAUGGCUUUUAGAGACUUCCUGCAGCUAAAAAAAAAGCAAUCAAGGAUUUCAUUUAAUUUUUUAGUUGUACGUUUGAUUUAUAACAAUACAGAGCAGGGAAUGAACACCGUAUUUUAUUUCUGAUUAACAUGCAGCUGAACGCACGGAUGACAAAUUAGUGCUCAUGAUCGUGUAAUGAUAACGGAAUCAUCCAUGUUGCACUCUAUUUAUACAGUGGCGUCCGAUCUCCAUCCUACAUGCGGCCGGUAAUUUCGUAAUCUGAGCCAGACAAAUUGUACUAAAAGUAAAAGCAAAGUUUCCUAUUAAAAAAUAACUUGGACCUAAUUCAUCGGUUUCAGACUCUAGAAGUGCACAAAAAUUCAAUUCACAUCCAAAUCACGAUUCUUCCUCAUCCAGAUUCUAAAUUAAUAAUUUUAAUUUUUUUAUUAUAAACAACAAAAUAUAUAAAUACAUAAUAAAAUAGCUUUAAAAAUAUACAUGUAUGUAUACAUGUAUAUGUACUGUAUAUGUGUGUAUAUACAUAUAUGUAUAUAUGUGUGUAUAUACAUACAUAUAGAUAGAUAUC